AUGGCAGCUCUCGCCAGCUCUCUCAUUAGACAGAAACGGGCGGUCAAGGACGACCAAGCCAACCGACCGGUAGCCAACAAGCGCAAGCCCUGUCCUAAGAGCAACAAGUCCUUGUGCCAGAAACAGAUCCUGGUCCUGAUCUCCAAAGUACGACUAUGCGGGGGUCGAAAAGGUCGAAACGACAAAAGACCGGAGCCACAGCUGAAAGGCAUUGUCACCCGGCUAUACAGCCAACAUGGAUACUACCUGCAGAUGCAGCCUGACGGCACCAUGGACAGCACAAGGGAUGAAAGCAGCUCAUUUUCACAGUUCAACUUAAUUCCAGUGGGACUGCGGAUCGUGGCAAUCCAGGGGGCAAAGACAGGGUUGUACCUUGCCAUGAAUAGUGAAGGAUACCUCUACACCUCGGAGCACUUCACUCCAGAGUGUAAGUUCAAGGAGAGUGUGUUCGAGAACUACUACGUUACGUACUCCUCCAUGCUGUAUCGCCAGACCCAGUCUGGCCGCUCCUGGUAUAUCGGUAUCAAUCGUGAUGGCCAGGUCAUGAAGGGCAACCGCGUAAAGAAGACCAAAGGAGCUGCACACUUCCUGCCUAAAGUUAUAGAGGUUGCGAUGUACAAGGAGCCAUCACUACAUGAGCUCGCCAGCGAACCAGUGAGUCCUCCUCGGAAGACAGUGAAGACGUCAGAUUCACCUUCCCUAAAGAAUGGACGGAAAGAAGCUCCCAAGGCUGAUGCCUCAUAG